AUGCCUAAACGUCUGAUAACCGAGUUCUUCGACGCCCCUAAAGGCAGUUCAAAGCGUCGAUCGAAUGGUACCACUGUAGUUGUAGAAGAGACAGAUAUUGGAAAGGGCGACCCUACAGCGGAAAAUAAGCCGUCUGAUAAGAAUACUGAAUCUGACGACGGUUCGAGCGUCGCUUCUACCGUCCAGAAGCUCUUGGGAGAAGAAUGGUUUUCUAUGUUAUCAGAGGAGUUGACUAAACCAUAUUUCGAGAAGCUAUGGAACCUCGUGGCCAAAGAUCGCAAAAGUAAGAAGGUCUAUCCUCCAGAACAUUUAGUUUUCAAUGCUUUCAAGCUAGUUCCACUUUCCAAAGUGAAGGUGGUUAUUGUUGGACAGGAUCCUUAUCAUCAACCUAAACAGGCUAUGGGUUUAUCAUUCUCCGUACCUAGAGGUGUUGCCAUACCACCUAGUCUACGAAACAUUUUCAAGGAAAUCGGUAUCGAGUGCAGCCACGGCGACCUGACCUACUGGGCACAACAGGGUGUGUUCAUGUUAAAUACAGUACUAACAGUGAUAGACAGCCAGCCAUUUUCUCACAAAGAUUAUGGCUGGAACAUAUUCACAGACGUAGUUAUAGAGCUGAUUAACCGUCAUCGGGAAAAUGUCGUAUUUUUGCUUUGGGGCAAGCCUGCUCAGAAGAAAUGUGACAGCAUAUCGCAAUCACGUCACUGUGUCCUCAAAUGUGGGCACCCUUCACCGCUAUCGCAGAAGUUCUUCAUAGGUUGCGACCACUUUAACAAAUGCAACGAAUACCUACGUAAAACACAACAGACUCCAAUAGACUGGAAGCUGCCAUUGUGA